AUGGAUCAACUCUAUUGCCAUAAAAUAGCAUUUUUUACUCGAAGCAUAAAAAAUCAUCAUAACCAUCUAAUUAGGCUUACACCAUUGCUAGUUUCAUUAUCUUUGUUUCCUUUCAUAUUUUCUACUUCUUCCUUAAUUUCUUUCCUCAAAUGCUUUAACUUCUACUUCUCUACAUUCUCUCUCCAACUAAUCACUCACACCAUAGACAAAAAUUGCAUGUUCCUCUUAUCCAACGGUCUCCUACUUUUUGUUGGUAUAACAAGAUCUCUUAGUGUUGAUGAGUCAUCCAACAGUGUUAAAGAUGGUUCGCAAUCACUUUAUUCAAUGGUUGAAGCUCAAGAGUCAAUGUUAGUGGUGAAGGAGAAAACCAAUAAGCUUGAAACAGAGAGUGAAGAAGUAGAAGAAAGCGUUGGAGAUAUAAGCUUGGAAGAAGGAAGAGGAAGUUACAUAUUACAUUGGGAACAAGAGGAGGGGCCAAAAGAAGAAAGUAGAAUAUUUGACGGAGGAGAUGAAGAGAAAGACAAUGAAACAAAAAUGGUUGAUGAGGAAGAAGUUUUAGAUGAAGCAAGUUGGGUGCUAAGGACAGAUGAGUUAAACAAAAGAUUUGAGGACUUCAUUAGAAGGAUGAAAGAAGAUUUGAGGAUUGAAGCUCAAAGACAAUUUGACAUGCUUUGA